CACAAAAUCGAUGUGUGUACAUUUACGUAGUUGAAAUGUUAUUUCAAGUAAAUGCCAAACAAAUCGAAAUUCAUUUCUCAACACUGCUUUUUGUUCUCGCUUUUAUUGCGUUGGCGCUUUGUGGCAUUAUCCAGCACUCGCUACGUGUCAAAAUCGAUUAAAAGCAGACGGAAAAGAGCAGAGCAACACAGCGUAAGUCUACAGUGCACAACAUUUUACGAUCAUGACGCGGAAUAUGAAGAAAAAACAUAAACAAUCCAAGAAGUCCGGAGCCAAGCCGAGCAAUGCUGAUAAGCAACUACAGCAGGAGGUGUUGCAUGGCGAAAACUACGAGCAGAAGAAAUCAAAGCAUAAGCGAAGACACAAACAUGAGCACUCCGAAUCGGAAAACUCGUCCCCUCCAGUGUCAAGUCCACUUACAGUUUCGAGUCCGGAGCCGGCAGCGCUAUCAGAGCCAUCAGAGCCAUCAGAGCCAACAGUGCCAUCAGAUCCAUCAGAGCCAAUAGUGCCAUCAGAGCCAUCAGAGCGAUCAGAGCCAUCAGAGCCAUCAGAGCCAUCAAUGCCAUCAGAGCCAUCAGAGCGAUCAGAGCGAUCAGAGCCAUCAGAACGAUCAGAGUCAUCAGAGCCAUCAGAGCCGCAGCAGAAAUCUCCGCUGCUUAAUGAACCGUGGCUAAGAGGUAAGCGGCUGGAAGAGGCGCCAGUGGAGAAACCGCCUGUGGAACAACCGCUGCUGGAAGAAUCGCUGGUGGCUUCGCGGCUGGAAGCACCGUGGGAAGAGGCACCGCGGCAGGGGCCAUCGCGGCUGGAGACACUGCGGCGGGAGGCACUGCGGCGGGCGGAACUGCGGCAGGAAGCACGGUGGUUCAGCCGUGCUCCGCCGGACAAAGAACAAGCAGCUUGGCGGGAAUAUGAAGAGCAGCUACCUGAGGGCUACGUCUUUACUUUUUCCGAGCUGGGUUUUGGGUUGUCCGGCUCCCCGGCGGAGCGCCUUAGACCCCCACCCCGCCGCUUUUCGAGCUUCGUCAUUCCCCAGCUGGAAACCUCCGAACCAAUUGCUGUCCGUAAGCCAAAGGCCAGGACCGUUGAAGAGAUGCCAGCCAGCGAUAAUAUGGACUGGAUGCACGGCCAGCGCUCUGAGGACGCAUCGCCCGAAGCGAAACCCGAUGCACCACGUUUGCCCACGUCGCAGGAGAUGUGGUCGAGGUACGAGGCGCUCCAGCGAGGCGAAAAUGCCGAGUGGCCACUUUGCUGUUUACUUGGUUCGAGGAGUACACGUGAGCCGCCCUCCACGCCCUCACCGUUGCCCUCGCCCGCGUUUCAGUUUGCGCCGAGCCCCGAAAGAGAAUGCGAGACCCUUUUCACCCUGGCCCAGAAGGCUGACAUCGAUACAGCCAUCGCGUCCAUCGACAACGACAAAUUCCCCCACCGAGACGAGUGGGAAAGGAAUCUGGAAGUGCUGCAGCAGGAUGUGAACUGUAUGAGCAUACAAUUCGAGAGCAUGGAUCUCAGCCUGGAAGAGGAGCGGGCCCUGAAGGAAUUCAUAAGGUCGAACCGCCUGCACACGCCGCUAAGCGACAUCAGAAAUUACGAAAAGUUGCUGAACUUGGCCAGAAAAGAGGAGAAAAGAAAAGAGCUGCGCGAUACGCUGAGGCCACAGAUAUUGAAACAGAUGAGGAGCAACAGGUUGAUGAGACCAGCUGCAAUGGCAGUGCUAGAGUCUCUGGAGCCAGACAUAGAGCUGCCAUCAUCGACACCCGACCCGCCACCCAACCCGCCACCCAACGCGCCUCCAAAAACACCACCACUACCCCCACCGCAACCACCGCAACCACCGCAACCACUGCCACCACGGCCACCACCGCCGCCGCCGCCGUUGCAGAGAAUAACUGCAACUGCAACUGUGGAAAUUUCAGAGGUCAAUCCGCCCAUCGUGGUCAACAAUGAGGAUCUGGAGAAGGCCAUCAAGUCCAUAAUUAUUGUGGAGCCAGCGGCGGAGCAGCUACAGCCGGUAAAUAUAAAUGAGUUGAUUAUAUUGAAGGACACAGCGGAGAAUCGGCCCAUCGGCGAGACAACGGAUCAGCCAGUGAUAGUGAGUGUGGGAGGGCUGAAGCCGGAGGACGAGGUCGUGCAGGAGUGGCUGCAACAGGUGGGCCACGAUCUGUCGCUCGUGGUGCAAACCCGGAUCGAGUCGAUGCCCGUCAGUGAGCAGCCCACGGCAGAGCAGCCCAUCGAUUUCGAGGCAAAGAUCAGCGAGUGCAGUCAGCUGCAGCCCAAGGUUAAGCCGGCAGUGCCAAAGGCGGACGCGGGGCAGUGGGAGAGCAGCUAUAAGCGCCGGCUGGAGGACUUUGAUGAGAUCGUGGACCAGAACAUGAGCGAGUUUCGCGAUCCGCAGAGCAAGCGGCUGCGCAUGAAAUUGCCAGCGGAGCCCGUCAGGAGGAAUCUGGAGAGCCUGAAGCGGGUGCUGCAAAUGCCGGCGCUGCCCUCGCAUCUCGACCAGCGCCUGCAGCAGCUGCGUAUCCUGCGCCAGCCGACUAAGCGCAAGGUGGAGCGCACCAGCAUGCCCGUCGAAAUGAAGAUGGUGCGGGUGUACAGCACAGUGCAGGCGAAUCGUCGCAUCGAUGUGAGCCAGCUGGCCCUGGAGCUGGAUAAUGCGAUCUACAAUAGCGAUAUCCAGGUGCUGCAGCAGAGCUACGAGGCCGGCCACAUGGCCUGGAUCUGGCAGACCGGCAGCAUACUGAUCGUCAAUGCGCGCAGCAAGGCGCUGCUGCUGGACACCCAGCGGACUCUGCUGGCCAAGAUUCUGGGUGCCGCCCAGACCAUUCAGCUGCCCCACUGCAAUGCCGUGCACUCCCAGAUGGUGCACAUCGCCCAGUUCACCUGGCAGAUCAACAUCGAGGAGUUCAGCCAAUCGUAUUCGUUGAGCGCCGAGCCGAUGCACGAUAGCGCCAGGUACGCCCACUAUGUGCACAAGACGGUGCCCGGCGUGGUGGCCAAGGUGUACGAGAGUGGUGUCAUUCACGUCUACGCGAUGAGCUCAUCCCUGGCCGACACCAUGCUGGAGAAGCUCUACCUGCUCACCGCCAACCAUCGCAAGCCCAAGACGGCGACUGUGCCGCCCCGGCCCAAGCCCGAAUGCAACGGCACCUUCAUAUCACUGUUUCCCACUUGACCGCAUGCAUAUGUAGCUUCUCAAUUAUCAGUGAAAUACACUCAGCCA